GUUGCUGGAGCCAAAUCGGACACCAGUGAGUGGCCACAACGCGACGGGACAGCAGUAGAAGCGCAGAUUACUCCUGCCAAUUAGUCAAUAGCUCUCAUUUGGUUUGAACAUUCAAUAUUUUAGGAAUCUUUUGGAGACCAGGAAAAAAAAAAAACUUCAUUCAUCAGACUUGGAGUGGCAUCACGGAGACUUCUUUACUAGACAGGAUGUCGGCACUCUCCGUGAAUGACCACCUUGAAGGGAUUUUAUCAGAUUUUGAAGCCUUGAAGAGAUCGUUUGACAUCGAAGAUGUGGACGAUAUACCAUCCUUCUCCUCGGCAUCCACUACCUCCUCACCCGUCUCUCCGUCGCCGUCCCAUUUCUUCCACAGCAACAACAAAGCCGGUGAGGAUCGGCGAGGAGGACAAUCCCCUUCUUCAUCUUUCAACAACAUCAGCAACCUGGGCUCUGCAGGGUACCACCCCCAUAUCAGCCGAAGUUCUAAUCCCAGCCCAGUCCUUAGAUCACGUACAGUGGUCAGCAGUCUGUCCUUCAAUCGAGGAACCGUGAACAAACCGGCCAUUAACACCUCUGUGACUCGAGCGGCGUCCUUUCAAAGCAGGGCAAAUCCCAACAAUGGCUUCUCCAUGUUACGUGGACCAGGAAGUGACAAUGACAGCCUUCAUAGCUCCACUUCCAGCCUUGAGUUCUCUGGAGUUGGUGGAGGUUCACUUCAUCCUAACAAGUUGACGUCAUAUCUGAGUCCACAACAGCAGCUACAGGCAGGCGCUCAAUUGGGAAACAAUCACAACUUGAAGAAGUUCUCCUCUCAUGGGACUGUUUUUCACUCAGCAUUGGAGCAGGGAAAAGGAAUGACGGGGGCACCAGAUCCUCAUGGGAGUAAUCAUGGCUCCAUGCCCAGCCUAGAUAUUCAAAUAUGUGAUGGUGGAGAUGGUGCACAAAGAAGUGGAGACCUGCUUUCUCCUGGCUUGAGGUAUACCAAUGCCACCUGGAAUGGCCAGCUUCAAAAUGCCAAUUCCCUUGAAGUUGAGAGUAGCUGUGGUCCCAACAGUCAUCAUUAUCCAAGUCCCCAGACUACCCAACCCAAGGCUAAAGAAACUCCACGUCUCAGUAAGUUCCCCUUGGACCUGGAUAGCUUGGUGAGCACCACCUCCGUUACAUCCCCUGCAAAAGUUAUCAGACGACCCAUCAACUCCAACCCUCCAAAGCCUCCUCCAAGAGGCACCGGGAGCCUUCAGCAUCGUACCAACUCCCCAUCCACUUUGGCAAGCCCAUCAGCUUCCCUCAGCAGCCUUGAUAGUUCUUCCGAUGCACCGCCUCAUCCCGUUUUCAAUUCAACUACAGGCUCCUUUCCUGUUCCAGAAGUGAGAUGCUCACCCAUGCCCCUAUCUCCAGUCCACUUGGGAACCCUUUCCAGGCCUCAGGUUUUUCAAGUGAAUCCCGACCCACCCAAAUCUUCCAGCCCCAGAGCUACUGGCUCUUUGGAACAUGGCCCCGGUGAUGUCGGAGAUAGCGUAGGCUCAAUUUUGCAGAGGAUUGCCUCAUUCUCCCGGCCUGUCAUCGCUGAUACAAGCCAAGGAACUGUCAUCCAACCUUCUGCAAUUCCAAAAAUUGGAGCUCUGUCUUCUGAACUAAGCUGUCCUGCAGAGAUGAACCCAAAAGGGGGACAUGACAAGAAGAAAAACAUAGAAAGUGCUGGAGAUCUGAAAGUAGCGGUAUCUUGCCUGAUGGAGGAGAGAGAGGAGAAGGAGAAUGGCGACACGGGAGAAGAGCAAGUCACAGACGACAAGAGCGAAGCAAUUCUAGCGAGUACCGUUUCCGAGAAUUCCGUCCAAGAAACGAAAGAAAAUGGAGUGGAGGUCCAUGUGGAGGAGAAGGAAAAGGAGAAAGGAAUGGAGGAAGGAGAGAUGAAGAAAGAGGUGGAGUCAGAGGUGAAGGUGGAAGUUUGCCAAUCUGUGCCAGACUUGCAGAUGAGUUUCAUCCAUGGCAGUGACUUGUUUGGCUAUGUGGGCAUUGAGGCAGUGCUGGACCAGAUGAGACACAAGACCAUGAAAGCUGGCUUUGAGUUCAACAUCAUGGUGGUUGGUCAGAGUGGUUUGGGGAAGUCCACCAUGGUCAACACUCUCUUCAAAUCCAAAGUCAGUAGGAAAUCCUGCACACCAAAUUAUGAGGAGAAAAUCUCCCAGACAGUCAAGCUGCAGUCAGUGAGCCACAUGAUUGAAGAGAAGGGGGUGAAGAUGAAACUGACAGUGAUUGACACCCCAGGAUUUGGAGACCAGAUCAAUAAUGAGAACUGUUGGGAGCCUAUCGUCAUGUACAUCAACGAGCAGUAUGAAAAAUAUCUACGAGAAGAGCUGCAUGUCAACCGUAAGAGGAGAAUACCUGACACGAGAGUCCACUGCUGCAUCUACUUCCUGGCUGCAACAGGACACAGGUUACGUCCCAUCGAUGUGGAGUUCAUGAAGAGGUUGGGAAAGAUCGUAAGCAUCGUGCCUGUCAUUGCUAAAGCUGACACACUUACCAUUGAGGAACGACAAGAGUUCAAGGAGAGGAUAAGGCAAGACUUGGCAGGCAACGGGAUUCGUGUUUAUCCCCAGAAAGAAUACGAUGAGGAUCCAGAGGAACGCUUCCUCAAUGACAGGAUCAGGGAAAGUAUUCCCUUUGCCGUGGUGGGAACUGACAAGGAGCAUCAGGUGAAUGGAAAUAAGGUGCUGGGCCGUAAAACCAAGUGGGGAAUUAUUGAAGUCGAAAACGUGGCACACUGUGAGUUUGCCAAUCUGCGAGAUCUCCUCAUCAGGUCUCACCUGCAGGACCUGAAAGAUGUGACACACAACAUCCACUAUGAAACAUACCGCGUGCGACGGCUUAACGAGAGCAACAUGAAUUUCAUUGAACAAGGACUUUCUACUUGGCCGCUGGAAAAUGGAACUGGUGACAAAUGUGAAUCAGACAGCCACCUCUGAUGCCUUCGUCAGCCUCAAGCUCCUGGAACGAUGCUAACCAUCUACUCAAAACGAGAGAGCAUUUUUACCACAUGAAGCGAGUUGGGAGAAAUGUCAGAUUUGGUUGUUGUUGCAGAUUACAGAGAUUGUUUGAUGAAUGAUUUUUAUGGGAGACUAAAAAUACAAAUAUUUUUGAAUGUAACAUAAUUUGUAUUUUCUGGUAUUAUGGUUGCAUAUACAGGCAUAACCAAGGCAGUCCGUUUCAAGAGUGACACAAAGAUAAUAUGCAUCUAAUUUUCUGUUAUAUUCAGGAUUAAGGUCAUAAGUCAUAUUUGUUUUGACAUCCCAGGCCUUAAAUGCAGCAAAUUAACUGCACCCAGGGUUGAAAUACAGCACUGCUGAAAUAUAUACAGUUGUUGUGUAGGUAGGAAGCAAGGCAAGUUUUGACCUUAACUAAUUCUUUACAGGGCAGGGUACAUUGUGUCUUUGAAAAAGAUCAAUGCAUGAAUUUAGAUGAUUCUAAUGACUAUUUUGUCCAAUUUACAAAUAAACAUAGUUUAUAUAGUAUCCAGUAGUUAGCUUCUUACGGCAUCAGGUCGAAGUGGAAACUAAAAAGAAUUACGACUAUAACUUGUGUUAAACUACUCCAUCCAUUUUCUGAACCGCUUUUUUUCACGAGGGUCGAGGGCAAUUUUAUUCGCAAGAUAAAAAAUGACUUUGUCACAAGCCUUUAACUUUGAAUUUUGGGGCAAUGUAUGGAGUAAGUAUAGAUUUUUGUGUUUUAUGGGUUGCCAAAAUCAUUGCCUUUCCUCGUAUGCGGUCAGAUAGCUAAUCUGAAGCCAUUCUGAGCAGCACAGCAAGUUACAGUGUGUCAUCAUCUGUAGUGAUGACGCUAAUUGUCUUACAAUUAGUCUUGCCGUGACCCUUAUGACCCAUUCACAAUUAUUUCACCUGGUAUUAGCUGGGUGCACUUCUUCAUACUGUUGCUGUCUGAUCACAAGUGAGCGACAUGUUUGUCUUACGUGAAAUUUAUUUUGAAAUACACUAUGAUAGCUGUAUCCGUGUGAUCAUUUGUCAGAAACACACCCAGACCUGUUUAAUUUAUUUUUCUUUGACUGAACUACAAACUGCAUAUCUGUCAUAGCAGUUGUGUUUAUUUUUACUUGGUAUUAUUUCUGAUCCAAGAAAAAUCUACUUUUAAUUGUCUGGUGAAUAUUGGAGCUGUUUGACAUGAUGAUAGACAUUUUUGCAAAAUAUCAGGUAGGUACACGUGUGCCUUAAUAUUCCCAUCUGUUAAAAAAAAGCAGUUUAGCUUCAUCAAUACAAGUUCCAAAGAAAAAACAGAAUUCUGAAGUUCACUCCAGCAUAUUGAAGGCUUUUAAUUGGAUGGAUAAUUGGCUGUACAUGUAUGUAUUUGUGUGUUAUGGUUGUUCUUCUACAAAUGAAAACAACUAAAAUGGAAUUAUAAACAAAAUUAUUUUUAGAUAAAGUAUAAAAACCAGAGUACAUGAAGAUCAAGGCUUUGUAGCGCAAUUCCAUCAAGUUCAGUUAUUUCUAGUAUAUCACUUUGUAACCUGCACUUCCAAGAUUUCAAAAUAUUCCCGUACUAAAGGAAUAUUAACUGUAUUUAGAUUACUCUUGUAGAAUGUUGAGCAUGAUUGUUAAUGUCAAGAUGGUGAUUCUUGCUUUGCUGGCUUUUCAAGCAUAAAUGAAGAAUUAAAACAUAUUCUUAGAAACGAUUAUUUUGAGUAGGCUUAUUUUCAUAAUCACACGUUUUUAUGAAAUGAGACUUGAUGCAAAUAGUGAUUGGGUUGUGGAAAAAGUGUGUUGGUUGAACCAUGAACUCUUUUUUUGUUGCUUUGUUGUCACUCCAACCCUCCCAAUUGAGUUUUCUGCUUUGUCCUGUAUUUUGAACCUCUGUACCAAACUCCUUGAAU